GCACCAAGCAGCAUAGUUUGGCUAAGGUUCCUACCAAGUUCUCCAAGCUAUCAUCUUUUAGUUUACCAAUAUAUACCAAACCUAAUCUUCUUAGUUCUCAUCCAAAACUUCAAAUUAAUUACACAUUCAGAGAUUAACCCAAAUUUUUUUACAAGAAACCCAGCAUGGCAGUAACCUCUGUUGUUCAAUCAGACCAAAUCAAAGCCAAAGAUGAAUAUCCCAACCUAUCUCUCCGACCAUUACAAGUUUCAGAUGUGGAUGAUUUCAUGGUCUGGGCCAGUGAUGAAAAAGUGACACGUUUCUGUACUUGGGAACCUUAUACCAACAAAGAAGAUGGCUUGAAUUACAUAAAGAACAUUGUUGUGCCUCAUCCUUGGUUAAGAGCAAUAUGUAUUGACGACCGACCGGUUGGUGCUAUUUCGGUAAGUGCAAAUUCAGGCAAUGAUAAAUGCAGGGGUGAACUUGGGUAUGUUUUGGCAUUCAAAUAUUGGGGUAAAGGGAUUGUAACGAGAGCUGUGAAGAUGGUGGUUGAGACCAUAUUUGUUGAAUGGCCACAUUUGGAGAGACUCGAGGCUUUGGUUGAUGUUGAAAAUGUGGGGUCUCAAAGGGUGCUUGAAAAAGCUGGGUUCCAAAGAGAAGGUGUUUUGAGGAAGUAUUUAAUAGUAAAAGGGAGGUCUAGAGACAGGGUUAUGUUGAGUUUUCUUUCUACUGAUUAUCAGAGUUGACAUGUUUAUUCUCAUGUUAACAUGUUUAUUAGAUGCACCAAAAAUGCUAAGUUGACUCAUAUUGCAUAACCAAUUUGGAAUUGGGCCACUCAAAUUGUUAUAAGAUGCUUCGAAUUUUUUCAACAUUGGAAUUGAGAUGUUUGCAUCAUUUAAGGGAA